CGUCAUCCUAACACUAUAUAUCAUAUAAAAAUGAAAGUUUAUUGAUUUGAGAGAUCUAAAGAGAGAUCAUAAAAAAAAGAAGAAGAUGGUUAAUGCAAUAAAGGCAGCAAUUGGAGAUGCAGUAUUGACAUUCACAUGGCUGUUUAUAUCAUCCACACUUGGAUUAGUCACAAAUGAAAUUAUGAAAUUUUUUGAUCUUCAAUUUGUGACAUAUAAUGGUUUAAAUUAUCCUUUUAUUAUAAUCACAAUAUUACUAAUAUUCAUUACUAUAAUUACUUUCACUACAAUUGGUAAUGCUUUGGGUGGUGCAAGUUUCAAUCCCACAGGCAAUGCUUCUCUUUAUGCAGCUGGUCUUGGUUCUGAUACCCUUUUCUCUAUGGCUCUUCGUUUCCCUGCUCAGGCAUUAGGUGCAGUGGGUGGUGCUGUUGCAAUUAUGGAGGUGAUUCCGCCGAAAUAUCGGCAUAUGAUUGGAGGACCUGCUUUGAAGGUUGAUUUGCAUACUGGUGCUAUUGCAGAAGGAGUAUUGACAUUUGUAAUCACUUUUGCUGUUCUCUUCAUCAUGCUUCGGGGUCCUCGUAGUGAGUUGGUGAAGACUUUGUUGACGGCCAUCUUGACCGUGGCUUUGAUCAUCGUCGGUUCUGCUUACACCGGACCAUCCAUGAAUCCUGUCCUUGCAUAUGGUUGGGCAUACUUAGACAAUUGGCACAACACAUGGGACCAAUUAUAUGUUUAUUGGAUUUGUCCUUUCAUUGGAGCAAUACUUGCUGCUUGGCUGUUUCGUGUCGUCUUCCCGGCACCGGUGGUGGUGGUAAAACAAAAGAAAGCCUGAAGAGGCAUAGUAAAUGUGUCAUUGGUCCUAUGCAUCUAGCGCAUGAAUAACCAUUAUUUUUUCUUCCUCAUUUUGAGUAUAACCUUUUUUCUUUAAAUCACCUCUUGUUCAUUCCCAUAUAUACAGAUGAUGUGUAGGACUCUAGCUUUCAGUUGAUAAUGUAACUUAUUUUUUCCUUUUCU